CUGAUGCGGGGCUUCUGAGGACCUCGGUCGGCCGAAGGUACCUCCAUCGUUCCCACAAGGCUCCGGUGCCAAGAGAGCUGGGCCCGCCAGCAAUCGCACUCAUGUCCCUGCUCUCACUUUGACCCUUGACCCUUGACCCUUGCUUCCUGCAUCUGUUCACUUGUUGGCUUCACACCUGGCGUGUAAGAACUGAGCUCCUCGUUACACUCGAGUAGGAGAGACUUACCUACCCAGAGAGAGCCUGUGCUUUCUGUCGUGUUACGGGUGUCAAGAUGCUGCUACUAAUCUCACAACUAUCAUAGGAUGAAGAUAAACAUGGAAGAAGAGAGGACUGUUUGUGUUUCUGGCACUGUGCCACUAUCAGACCCAGCGUGCUGAAUGAGCACCCAUGCAGCCCAUGCUCUGCUUACCCGUCCGUACCCACAUCCAGGAAGCCGUUCCGCCCCUCUCCAUCCUCACCCCUCUUUUUGGUUCAACAACAACGAGCAUGGGCGUUCCGCGCUGCGGUGCGGUUCCACGCGGCCACUGGGGACGAGCUACCUAUCUGUUAGCAGUUAUGCUCUGUCGUCUGUGUCUGUUAUGAAAAGCGACAUGGCAAACGCAAUGCAACACCAGAGCAGGUACCUGUGGUGUUUCAUCUGACAUGAGCAACUGCUCUUGCAGCUACUGCACUUGUGGUUGGCAUAGUGCAGUCGCAAGAGCGAGCUAUAGUACUGAUGAACUUUGGGACGACGAUGCGCCACCAACCAACGCGCCAUCAUCUCGCGUCUUGUCAGAUUCGGUGCUUUUCUCUUGCGAAACUUGCCAUGUUCGUCUCUUCUUCGUAUUCCCAGACUGCCUGAUGACUCCCUCAACCCAGGCAUUUGUUUCGAAAUGUCUUGAUACGGACCGAGCCAAGAUCAAGACCAGACGGUGAUCAAGGUCAACGUUGCAGAACAGUCACUCGCGCUAACAGCUGCGGAUCCAUCGUCACUUUGCAGCCCUCCCGCUGCCUUGCCUUGCCGAACCUGACCGGGGUGCUGCCUUUCCCAAUCAGGACUAGCCUUCACCCCGCGUAUUGUGUCUGCGCAUCAAUUCUGCAAAGCGCGAACUGAUGAGAGAGUGAGGAGAAAGAGCAGCAGAAGAGAGAGAAAGUGAGAGAGAGAGCCUCUUGAUCUCUCGAGACACGCCGGCCGUGACCUGCCCAGCUCUCCUCGCAAGUGAUAAACACCGAAGGCGAGAAAAAAACAGGCUAGCAAAUCAAGAGGAAAAGCACGCAUAUUUCCAUUUCGCACCCGUGUUUUUCUAUUCGAGUUCCUUCUCCAACCACAUACAUGCAUGAGUGCAGCAGCAGCAGCAACAUUCCUUGCCUGCAUCCUUCCCCCCAGCGCGUGCGUUCCCAGCAGACCAGGACCCAGGAUCCAGAGCGAGACCAGGCAGAGACCAGAAAAAAAAAGCUUGAGCGCUUUUGGCUGCGUGCCCCCUUCCACGCCAGCCCAACUAUAUCAAGACACGUCGUUUCGCAGACCCAUUGACGUGGUCGACGACGACGGCACUCAUGUACGCUGCACAGCCCAUACCCAACGGCGCUGAUAGUGCAACAAUCAACCCAGCAGCACUCAACCCAGAACUGUUAGACGCGACUUCUCGAGGCAUCAAGCGGGGCCGUUCUCCGCAGGAUUAUCCCGACGAAGGACCGCUCGGGUCGACUGGUGAGGACGGUAGUGACAAGCCGAGAAAAAGAGGAAGACCGAUGAAGUCCAGACAGUCCGGGGGUGCUCCCGAACCUGCCACCCAGGCACCGGUACCUCCCUCUCGUCAGACAGCUCCCCCGCAAACGCCACAGAGCCAAAAUGCUCCGCUGCCUGUCCAGACGCCCACCUACCCCCCCGCUCCACCACCACCGCAGUCGUCGCCGCCCAAACCCACCCCGACCAAGUCGACCUUGAAGGCGCUCCCAACGGUCCGCGACCACACCACCGACCAGCUUGGGCCCGGCAAUGACGAGUACCUACCACGCGAAAUUGACGAGGCUGGCGAGAAGAAGGUUUUGCCAAACGGCCAGCUCACAGGCGGCCGCGAGUACCGUUGCCGUACCUUUUUCGUGCCGCACCGUGGCGAGAAGCUUUUCAUGCUUGCAACCGAGUGUGCCCGAGUGUUGGGAUAUAGAGACUCGUACCUGUUAUUUAACAAGAACAGGUCCUUGUACAAGAUCAUCGCCAGCCAGGAAGAAAAGGAUGAUUUGGUAAACCAGGAAAUUCUCCCCUUCUCCUACCGAUCGCGGCAAAUAGCCAUUGUUACGGCCAGGAGCAUGUUUCGACAGUUUGGAAGCAGGGUGAUCACGAAUGGCCGGAGGGUCCGUGAUGACUACUGGGAGAGCAAGGCUCGCAAACAGGGCUUCACCGAGGCUGACCCGGCAGGAGAGAAACGACCUGGUGCGUCCAAGGCUCGAGAAGCCGAGGCAAACCACACCGCAAGCAUGCUUGGAGCUCCUCACGGUGAAAUUGUCUACAGCACCAAUCCCGGCCAAUUUGGCGGUGGCCCUCAACCGCAACUCGUGCAACCAGAUUACAACAAUACUCACAGCAGAGACUAUUCGAACAUUCUCAAGACGGGACCACGACAGGAGAUUACCGGCCCAGCAUAUCAAGAUCGACUUCAACCCACGCCCAUCACAGAAUUACACGCUCAAGCUCACCAUGCUGCAGAGUUUAACCGUUCAGUCAACUCCCAACGCGAUAUGCGGAAUGACUACAUGCAGAACAUUUGGAGACGACAGCACGACCAACCAACCACCACGACCCUGAGCCAGCCUGUUGGCACAAGCGAAGCACCUGCGUCGACCAGCCGCCCAGCCCCCUCAACGCACACCACCACACAGGGUAUCCCGCAGCCUGGCAUCAUCUCCAACCAAAGCCCCCAGUUGAUGAUGUCAGCUGCACCGUACUCGCAACCUGUGCAUGCUCCCACCUCUGUUGGACCUAGCGGCCCAGGUCGGGGGCUGGCACAGGACCCAUCCCAGAGCAGCUCCAGACCAACCUACCCACCUACUGGCUCCACGAGCACCUUGCCGCCAACCUCGCAGAACUACAGCUAUCCCCAGACCCAAAUGUGGCCACCAACGCCUCAGACGCCGCAGCAUGGCUAUUCGGCCUACACGGCUCAGUCUCAGCCGUCUCCCCACCCGCAGCAAUCCCCCGCUCCUCAGCUGCGGCAUUCCAGCACAUCGAGCCAAGUGCAACAGCCUGGUGGCAUGUACCCAGGAAUGCCGGGCAUGAACCAAGGGUACAGCACCUCAGCCCAGGGGAUGUAUUCGGCCGAGCAGACGCCCCGGCAGUACAUGCACCAGAGCGCACCGCCACCCGCCGUCACGCAGACGUGGUCUCAACAGCAAACACCUGCGCAGUGGUGGACAAACCAGCCGCAGUGAGCUUGAUGCGCGUUUCCGGUAUUUAGAAACAAUUCUAAGGGUUUGUCGAUAUGGGAGAGGCAUUUGUGUGCUUUUUUCAGUGUGUGUGGGUUAGGCAAGGCAUGGGGGUCGGUUUCAACAGCAUAUUUGGAUCCGGCUACUUGGGACGGGAUUUUAUAGAGGAGUCUCGGGCGAGGAGGAGCCCCCUCUUUUGCGGGCACUACUUUAUAUGCUUUUUUCUUUUUCAACGAUACCAUUGUCUGUUUUGGAUUAUCCGUUCUUGGAAUUAUUAUAUUCUUUGUACACCAUCCAUGCAAAAUGGUUGGUUACUCUUUUCCGAGGUUGGGGAAGGAAGGACAACAGAAUGUCAUUGUUGACGGCAGGGGGUUUGAAGCUCUUUUGGAUACCGCGUUGGGAAGGGAUAUUUUUCUGCAAUUUCAUCAUUUACUCUCUUCUCUCUCUUUUUCCGUGUCUCUAUCUCUGCGCUGUCGAGUUGUCGUUGUCAUUUUUCUGCUGUUUCUUCGCUUCUGAUUUGUGUUGUUUAUAUUUUUGAAUUCAUUGAUUUUUUUCUUUGGCAUUCCGAGAUGUUGUUUGGCACAAUAUUGGGCGGGCAGCAUUAGGAGGGAGGGUUUUUUUUCUCUUUUUUUCAAGGCUGGGAUGGAUCAUACGCUGCUACUAGUUGUGGUGAGCAAACGGAGGAGUGUGGGAAGAUUUUUGCACUUUGUUGUUGCUGUUGUUUCUGUCUUCAUUAUAUCUUGACAGUCUGAUUUUUGUUGCUUAUCUCUUUGGAUUGGGGAUAUUGGGGGCAUGUUGGAUAAUAGGUAGGGGUUGAACAAGCUUAUCUAUUGUUUUUUUGAUUUUGCCAAUUCUUGUCGUUGAUGUUAUCUAUGUUUUGUGAUGGGGGAAGUGGAGGGUUAUGGGGAGAUAACGUGGAUUUGUUUGGGGUUUUGGCCAGCGAGAGAGGGGGUGUUUCCUUGUUUCUUUUCUUUUCCUUUUUUUUUUCUCUCUUGGGAGGAGCGGGAUGGGAAAUUCUGCUAGCAAGACUGACUGACGUGCUGCUGUCAAGUGACGGACGGGCAAGGGAAGGAGGUUAACAGGGGAAGAGGGACAAAGUUUGGAGUAAUAACAAUGAAUUUGUGUGGUUUUCUUUUU